GCGGCGGCGGCAGCCCCGGGGAGGCGGUAACGGCGGCGGCGACCGCGGCCGGGAGGGUCCCCGCUGGGACUCGGGAGCUCUGCUCGGCGGGUAUUUCAGUCUGCUAAAGGUGCGGUGGAUAUACUAGGAUGGACACAGAGGAAUUCCCUCCCCCACCACCAGAAGUUCUAGAGCAUGAACCAAAAGCUGCGAGUACGAAUGAUGAAGAGGAGGAUGAGGGAGAACAGUUUGACUUUGACAGUGGAGAUGAGAUACCAGAAGCAGACAGACAAGCCUCUGUGCCACCUCCUCCUGGUCCUGGAAAUAACAUAGAGCACCAGGAGGCUAAGGCCACAGGGGCUGAUAACUUAGAAAACAGUGAAAAGCUACAAACAUCAGAACCUGCUGCAGAAGGCAUUCCAGCCAAAGUAAAUCCCUACUCAGUCAUAAAUAUUUCACCAAUCCAAGACAAAGAUCCACCCUCAUCACCAGAACCAAGUCCUCAAGAUGAAUGUGCAAGUCCAAACUUGUCCGGUGGAUAUUCUGUUCCUGUCCCCUGUGGCUAUGCUGUGCCAUCUAAUUUACCUUUGCUACUGCCAGCAUACUCCAGUCCUGUCAUAAUACGCAGUGUUUCUGUAGAUGAAGAAGGUACACAGUCAGCAACUGAAGAAUGUCAAUAUAAUUCUGUAAACUCGGAGGAGCCUCAAAAUAGUGAAGAUAACCAGGCCAAGAGAGAGGAUGAUGCUCUGGCCAAGUGGGUUGCAGAUCCUGCAAAUACAGCAUGGAUGGAAAACCCAGAUGAAGUAAUUUAUGAUGAUGUGCCAAGAGAAAAUUCAGACUCUGAACCAGAGGAAAUGAUUUAUGAUGAUGUUGAAAAUGGUGAAGAUGGUGGAAACAGCUCGCUGGAAUAUGGGUGGAGUUCCAGUGAGUUUGAAAGCUAUGAAGAACAGAGUGAUUCUGAGUGUAAAAAUGGAAUUCCCAGCUCCUUUUUGCGAGGCAACCACAAGAGACAUCUUUCUCAUGACCUAACGCGUUUAAAGGAGCAUUAUGAAAAAAAGAUGAAAGAUUUGAUGGCAAACACUGUGGGAGCAGUAGAGAUUCAGCAACUAAAGCAAAAACAUGAGCUGAAGAUGCAAAAGCUUAUGAGAGCUGCUAGAGAAGGUACCAAAGAUGGGCUUGAAAAGACAAAAGCAGCUGUGAAAAAGGGUCGUUCUUUCAUUAGAACAAAAUCUUUUAUUUCUCAAGAUCACAGAUCGUCAUGUCUGGAAGAAGAGGAGCUAAAUUUAUUUAUUGAUGUGGACUGUAUGCAUACAGAAGCAAUUAUGACUCCUAUGCCUGAAGGAUUAUCACAGCAGCAGGUUGUGAGAAGGUAUAUUUUGGGCUCUGUAGUUGACAGUGAGAAGAAUUACGUGGAUGCUCUUAAAAGAAUCCUGGAGCAAUAUGAAAAGCCCCUUUCAGAUAUGGAACCAAAAUUAUUGAGUGAAAGAAAACUCAAAAUGGUCUUUUACCGAAUUAAGGAAAUUCUUCAGUGCCAUUCAAUGUUUCAGAUCGCACUGGCGAGUCGUGUAUCUGAGUGGGACUCUGUUGAAAUGAUUGGUGAUGUCUUUGUUGCUUCAUUUUCUAAAUCUAUGGUAUUGGAUGCGUACAGCGAAUAUGUGAACAACUUCAGUACAGCAGUAGGGAUUCUCAAGAAAACAUGUGCCACUAAACCUGCCUUUUUAGACUUCUUAAAGCAGUGCCAGGAGUCAAGCCCCGAUCGAAUUACACUGUAUGGUUUAAUGAUGAAACCUAUCCAGCGCUUUCCACAGUUCAUUCUACUAUUGCAGGAUAUGUUGAAGAACACUAGUAAAGGACAUCCUGACAGAUUACCUCUACAGAUGGCUCUUACAGAACUUGAAACACUGGCAGAGAAGUUAAAUGAAAGGAAAAGGGAUGCAGAUCAGCGCUGUGAAAUAAAACAAAUAGCAAAAGCAAUGAAUGAACGUUAUUUGAACAAGCUUCUCAGCAGUGGAAACAGAUACCUCAUAAGGACUGAUGAUAUGAUUGAGACUGUUUACAAUGAUAAAGGAGAAAUUAUCAAAACCAAAGAACGACGACUUUUCAUGUUAAAUGAUGUGCUGAUGUGUGCCACAGUAAAUAUUCGCUCUUCCUAUGAAAGCAGUGGCGCCGUGACAACUGGCCAUAGGUAUUUAUUGAAGUGGAGUGUACCGCUGGGACAAGUGGAAGUCAUAGAGUAUGGCAACGGUGAGGGCCAAGGAGAGAACUGCAGGUUUCCACCCCAGCACUCUGCUGAAAAUGUCGUCGUUAACUCUAAGCCAAACAAGCUCUAUAUGGGACCAGGGCAACUGUACCAUGAUCUGCAGAACCUUUUACAUGACUUGAAUGUAGUUGGUCAAAUUAGUCAAUUAAUAAGCAGCCUUAAAGGAAACUAUCAGAACUUAAACCAAUCUGUAGCCCAUGACUGGACCUCAGGUUUACAAAAACUGAUUUUGAAAAAAGAAGAUGAAAUCAGAGCCGCAGAUCGCUGUAGAAUUCAGCUGCAACUCCCAGGAAAACAGGACAAGUCUGGGCGGCCCACUUUCUUUACAGCUGUGUUCAAUACAUUUACCCCUGCCAUCAAACAGUCUUGGAUCAACAAUUUACAAAUGGCUAAACUGGCCCUUGCUGAAGAUAACCUGUUAGGUUGGUUCUGUGUAGAAGAUGAUGGGAAUCAAAUCAAAAAGGAGAAACAUCCUCUCCUUGUUAGACACAUGCCAGUGAUGAUGGCCAAGCAGCAAGAGUUUAAGAUUGAAUGUGCUGCUUAUAAUCCUGAACCAUACCUCUCUGGUGAAACGGAGUCAGAUUCUUGUGCCAUGGAACAUGGUUUUCUUUGGAUUGGCAGUUGCACUAAUCAGAUGGGCCAAAUUGCAAUAGUCUCAUUUCAAAGCUCCAGCCCCAAGGUUAUUGAAUGUUUCAAUGUGGAAUCACGGAUUCUCUGCAUGGUCUACAUACCAGAGGAGGAGAAACUGAAAGAGCAAAAUAAGACUCUUGACUCUGAAAAUGUUCUUGCAAAAACUUCUAAUGUGCCUACUAUUUGCCUUGGCAUGGAAGAAGGAAGCAUUUCUGUUUACAAAAGUUGCCAAGGCUCGAAGAAAAUACGACUUCAGCACUUCUUCACUCCUGAAAAAUCAACUGUUAUGAGCUUAACAUAUAUGUCUCAAUACUUGUUUGCUGGCUUGGUAAAUGGAAACAUCUCAAUCUACACAAAAGCAGAAGAUGGGACAUGGAACACAGAGCCUCAGAAGAUAGUUAAACUGGGGGUUCUGCCUGUUAGAAGUCUGCUUGUGAUGGAGGAGACCAUUUGGGCUGCAUGUGGUGGACAAAUUUUUAUAAUCAGCACUGUGACACAUGCCAUAGAGAGCCAUUUUGAAGCCCAUCAAGAGGAAGGGAUGGUAAUCUCUCACAUGGCUGUUGCUGGAGUGGGAAUCUGGAUUGCCUUCACAUCUGGAUCUACGCUUCGCCUGUUCCACACUGAGACACUGAAACACCUCCAGGAUAUUAACAUUGCCACACCUGUUCACAAUAUGUUGCCAGGGCAGCAGCGUGUUUCUGUGACCAGCCUCCUGGUGUGCCAUGGUUUAUUGUUGGUUGGAACAAACCUGGGUAUAAUAGUAGCAUUACCAGUGCCACGCUUGCAGGGGAUUCCCAAAGUAACCGGAAGAGGCAUGGUGUCAUAUCAUGCACACAACGGCCCAGUCAGGUUUCUUGUAACGGCUACAUCUGUAAACAAGAAGAACAGAAACAAGCUGAGGAACAGCCUGCCUCCAGGCUCAGAACUGAAAGAUGACGACCAGAAGAACGUUCUGCACAAUGAAAGACCGGGCUCUUCCCUUGGUAACACCCAUGAAACUGCAAUUUGGCUGGGGGGUUCAGUAGGAUCCAUUGCACAAAAAAGUGACUUGUCGUCAUCUUCUGGAUCCCUUACUUUGUCUCACGGAUCAGGUUCCCUAGAACACAGGCCAGAGGACAGUAACAUUUACGAGCUUUUGAAGGAUCAAAAUAUCUCAUUUAAAAAUAAAAGACAGAGAUCUCGGAAAGUGAAAGCGAGUUCAAUAUUAGUCAUUUCUGGUGGCCAAGGACACAGAAGAGUGAACAAGAAGACCAAGCAGCAGCGACAAGAUGAACUAGUGUCUUCAGUGAUGGUCUGGCAAAUCCCGCUAUUAAAUAUCUAACUGAACUAAAUCCAAGAUACUUUCUGCUAUUAAAAAAAAGUCUGAUAUCCUCUUACAGCACAUUCCAGCUUAGGACCCAAAUGGAUAGACUUUAAGCAUCUGGGAGCAAUUUCAGUAGGCUUUGAUCACAGGAUUAAGGGUUGCACGACAGUCUUCACAUACUUAGAACAUUCUGCAGUGUUAGGGUGUUGGAAGACGUUCAGCCCUUGAUGCUGUCCUUGAUACUUAGAACAAAAAGGAUCUGUUAGACACUUUUAAAUGGUUUUAGAAUCUUUACCUUAUUUAUAUUCACAUUUAUAAAUACCACAAGUAUGUUCUAUAGCACUUAGGGAAGGCAAGGAACACAUGCCAUGUCUCAUGCUGGUUUUUGCUUAUGUAAAUCAGCUGUUGUUUCUUUUUCCAAAGUGACACAUUGCAUGGACUGUAGAUUGUAACAAAUUAGCAAAUAUUUUUAAACAAUUAAUAGUCUAAUGUAAGCUAAUAUUAAUUUCAUAAUUAGUACAGUAGUUUGUAACAUCACUCCACAAGCCAGAGUUUGGUCUAGAUAAAAGCAGUUAUAUUAAUUGAUUGGUAUUUGUUUAUUUUAAUAUAGAAAGUAGAUUUUAUUAUUAUUAUUAUUUCUAAUGCUCAGUAUUAUCCAAAAAGUUGCAGUACAAAAAGUGCAUUAAUUUUCUUGGUAGGUGCAAUGGGUCUGUGACUCACCUUCGUUAUACAGAGAAAGUUCUAAGGAUGCUAUGGGUUAGGGAAAAUAGAAAAUACAGGUACAGGACAGGUGUGCAUGGUGGUGCUGCUAACACAUUCUCCCCCUGGCAACUCAGUAUCAAAGCCAGACAUGUACUAUGCCAUUUUUAAGGAGGCACAUCCAGUAAAUUACUAAUGAAAUUAUUAAUUAAAUAAUUAAUUGGGGAGAAAUAUACUAAUAUUGGAAUAUCUAUAGGAAGUGCAGGUAAUCACUGUGGGUAUAGGUCCUACAUCAAUUGAUUUGUGCUACGUCCUCAGGCAAACACAUAUCAAAUAAUGUCACAGCACAACAGCUACAGCACAGGUACGGCUGUAUCUGAGUGGCGGUCACCUCUUUUCACCCAGAAUUUCAGCAAAGUAUGGUCAUGUGAAUAGAUACUGUGAAAAUAGCACACACAGCUUCAUUCGCUCAUUUGGGCAGGUUGGUUGCUUUGGUAGUAUUAGAGGGCUGAAUUCUAAAUAGAGACCUAAUCAUUGUUUCUUAAUGAAUUGAUGUAUUUCCAAAGGAAACUUUGAAUUUGGGAUUCCUACUGAAAUUGCUUUUUGCACUAGCCUCUGCACAUGUGAAAUAUAAGGCAAAGCCUUCGGCUCAGAAAGACAUUGCCAAAAAUGGUGAUGAGACACAUCCUUCAGUCAAAAUAUGUUUAAUACAGAUAACAUUGAAUUGAAUCACUGGGAACAUCCUUUCUCCUCAUCAAUAGACUUAAAGAAAGACAGAGAAAUUAGGAUGAUUAAGUUUCGUUUAAAUAUGUUAAGAACCUCUACUACUGUCCUUCAGUGCAGUAAAAUGCAAAUUAAAUAUACCUGAAGCAGAACGUUUGUCAGAUGUAUGCAUUGACUAGAAUCAAGUAAAACUUUCAGCUACUUUGGUACUGUUACUGUGCCAAUAAUGGGGUGGUUUGCCCUGAAAUUAUUUCUGCUACUGCUAAUACAAACUCCUUGAUUUUGCCAUGUUUUGUUUCGAUCUGCCUAAUUUAAAUCAACAUCAACUGUAAUUACAGUGUCCCAGCACAUGACAUUUCAAGGUAAACAGUACUAGAGACAGAAUUAUUUUGUUUCAUUUUUGUUCUUCUGUUUUGUUUUUUUUUUUUUUUUUUUUUUUUUUUUUUUUUUUUCAAAAUAGCAGUAGGGUUUUUUAGAUAAUGGUGCUGAAAUAUAUUUCCUUUAUUUUGCAGCAGAUUUGUGUGUCUUUUAAAUUUUCAGUCUGUCUGCUCUAUCAAGGUGACCCCAAAAUUGGUGAGUGGGCUGACUUACCAAGUUUGACAGAGCACCGGAGUAGCGUUGGGUCUUCCCUGACACCAAGUACCUGGAACAGAGGGAAUGCCAGUGCAACAGUCUUUGCCUGCUGGAUGGCACCAAAAUAGGCAUUUCAGAAAUCAGAUACACACCCCAAUUUCUUUUCAGCAGUUUUUCCCACAUCCAACAUCCUGAUCAGAACAGGAUUCUUAAGCCAUAAUAGUACAGACUUCAGUGAAACACAACAGACACUUGUUACAGAUGAGGUUGUAGGCUUAGGGUCUUCAUUACCAUUUUGUGCUUUUAUUCAGUGUCUUUCUCUGUGUGUCUUGCAACUGUAGUUGAGUGUUGUCAGCGUUGGCAUGGGCUUAGUGUUGGCAUGAGUCCUGAUGCACAAAAAAAAAAAAAAAAAAAAAAAAGGCAGAGUGCCUCUAAGCAAGAAAGUUGGCAACAUUUUCCUAAACUUUUCCUCUUCUUCCUGGCCUACUGCCUGGGCUUACCUGGCUUGAGGGAUCAAGGCCAGUUGCAUUUUCUACACUCUUCCAUAGCUAUGGCCCUGGGAGCUGUUCUUUGCCCACUGUGUGGAAGCACUACAUUGUACAGUUUAAUGUAUGUAUAUUAAAAAACAAGUUAAAAUAUUCUUCUGUGUAUAAAACAUAUAUAAUCUAGUAUCCAUUUGCUACACUGCAGUAAAAAACCCACAGGUUUUAUUCUGUGUGCUCCUUCGGUGUGGGAUUCCAUGUCCGUGCCUUCGGGACUGGAGGAUCACGUCCACUCUCUCAUGGAUCUUUAUCACUAGCAGAGUGAUAAAACAGAGUGAGCAGAGUUCACCACACAUUCAACUGGAAAUCCAUGCAUGGCGUUAUGACGGGAUCUGCUAGCACUAAUGCAUUAGAAUUUUAAAGUGAAAUUCAUCCUAUCUUCCACAUGAAAUAUAAUUCUCCUCAGUUUUAUCAAUAAAACAUUAGAAACAAAGUACAAAUCUGCUCUUCUGAAAGUACAUUGGAGUUUUGCCAGUGACUUCAGUAAGAACAGAACCAGGUCCCUCAUUUACAUUAUACUGUUUUGGAAAUAAGUAUCUGUUUUACUAAGCUGUAAAGCAAAAGACAAGCUCUAUGUCUGUCUUUAAAAUUGCAUAUUGUCAUGAACUAGAUUUUUAGUGACUAACUGAGCACAAGGUGCAAUGUUUGUUUUCUGAUAUGCAGCUAACUGGUAUUUACUAUGAAAACAGGCAGGAACCAAAGUUUCUCUUACAGCUGGCAUAGUCUUUAUAGCUGUUGUAGACUGUGCUGCUAGGUAGGUUGGAUUUUGCUUUCUGAUACUGCUUUUCUAGAUUAUUAGAAAUUACAGAAAAUAUUCGGAAAAGAGAGGAGCAAGUGUAACCACUAUGAUAUAUUCUAUAUAUGUUUUCUAACACAUAGUAGUGUCUUUUAUAACAUGAGCCAUAAAACUUGUGUAUUUAUGUUCAAAGUAUAAACUGAGAAAAAUGUUUAAUAAAAAAAUAUGAUAAAAAUUAACUUCAGGAGCACAUUUCUCGGGUCAUCAUUUUAACUAGAAGGCUAGAAUUUGUGUCAUGCACUAAUGAAUAGUAUACAAAUUAAUGGACUUAUAAAAGGGAAAGUAGAACAUUAAGACAUUAAUGAAGGUGUGUAUUUUUUUGUUUAGUUUUAUAGUUUCUACCAUUUAGAAAACAGCAAAUGCAAUUUCUGAAAAAGAUGCAGUCUUAAAAUAAGUUUGACCCCUGUAUCAAUGGACCCAAAUAGUGUCUAAGCAGUGGAAUUUCUACCACGCUGUGUACGUGGACUAUACAUUUAGCACUUGGGCAGCAUGCAUGAUGCGUGAGAAUGAGAAGCAUUAAUCAUCAAAAUGAGUAUUGCAGAGCAAAAGCAUUAACAGAGGAAAUUAAUUUACAGUCGCUAACUGGCAAUUCAUUCUAAUUAAUCUGCCAUAAAGGAUAUAUACAGAAUCCCAUGAUUGUGUUUAAAUACUGAGACUUGUAUUCAUCAGCCUCGGCAAUAGCCUUUUUGUGUGUACCUGCACUAUUAUAAAUAAACAAGAGUUACUGAGUUUGUUUGCUGGUAAA